AUGACCGUGUGUGAACCAUAAACAGUAAAGCAGUCAACGGUGUGAACUUCAAAAAUGGACAGUGGCGAGACACUAGAAAUGGACAGCGACAACUUAAGUAAGGACACCACUACUGAACAGAAAGACGAUAAUACUAGCGUUGCUGAUACCGAAGACAAAGAUGGCCCUUUCAAGAAACCUACAUUCGCACCACCAUCCGUGGUGCCCAAAAGAGGCAACGUUAAAAGUUCUGAUAAGGAGGCCUCCUCCGUUUCAGGCAAUGAAGAUGCUUUGGUCCCCGAAGAUGCAAAGAGGAAUCAUGGACCUCAUAAUGAGCAGGAGUCGCAAUCAUCAGAAGGUGUGAUUGGGGAGAAUGUGUCUCCUAAAACUGACGAAGCUAAAAACAUGUCUACGCAAUCCAGCGACAGCACGCGUGUACCUACGAAAACGAUACAAGAUGUCAAACCCAAACCCAAACCCAAAGCACCUCCAGCUGGUAAAUUCAAACCAAACCCUCCUCUUCCCUACACCGAACCUCCGUGGGGAUGUCCUGCGGUGGUGCCCUAUGCGUUAGAGAUACUCAAAACAGGGACAAUUGUAGACUCGAUUCCACUGACUCAAAAUAGUUAUUUUGUUAUUGGACGCUUACCCCUGUGUGAUGUAGCCCUGGAGCACCCAUCGAUCUCGCGUUACCACGCAAUUUUGCAACACAGAGGACAAAGCGGAGAAACUGGGGAGAUUGGUGAAGAGACUGGAUUCUAUGUUUAUGAUUUGUCCAGCACGCAUGGCACCUUUGUCAACAAGAACAAAAUACCCCCGAAAACCUACAUCAGGCUGAAAGUAGGACAUGUCCUCAAGUUUGGGGGUAGCACUCGACUCUUCAUAUUACAGGGUCCAGAAUCUGAUGAAGAAUCAGAGUCAGAACUUACCGUCACAGAAUUGAGAGAGAGAGCCAGGAAGCAGCGAGAGCUGGAAGAGAGGAUGAUGGGAGAUGGGUCUGACGAGGAGAACGAGAAGGAUGAAGAGAAGAGUGACAGUGUCCCAGGGAAGAGCUCCACAGAUGAGUCUGGCUGUUCUUGGGGAAUGGCGGAGGAGGCAGCGCCAGAAGACGAGAACGAGGAGAACCCGUUCGCCACAGAGUUCCAGGAGGACCAAGAGGCCGCCUACCUCAAGGACCCCAAGAAAGCACUUCAAGGCUUUUAUGAUCGCGAAGGGGAGGAGUUGGAAUUUGAGUAUGAGGAGAAAGGCCAUGGCUCGUGGCUUUGCAGAGUAAGACUGCCCGUAGAUGAUGCUCAUGGCAAGCAACUGGUUGCCGAGGUAACGCAUACAGGAAAGAAGAAGGAGGCAUCUAUUCAGUGUUCCUUGGAGGCCUGCCGUAUUCUAGAAGCCCGAGGUCUGCUCAGACAGGAAGCAGUGUCACGGAAGAGAAGAAAGAAAAACUGGGAGGACGAGGACUUUUAUGACAGCGAUGAUGACAACUUCCUGGAUCGGACUGGCACUGUGGAGAAGAAGCGGAAAGAGCGCAUGAAGAGGGCUGGAAAGGUGGAGGACCAGCCAGCCUCGUAUGAGUCACUGACCUUGAAGUUGAAUGACGUGGAGAAAGAGAUCGCAGAGACCGAGAACAAACUCCGCUCUUCAGGCAAAGGUGGUCAGCGGGCCUCGUCUGAUGACCCUCUGGACGCCUUCAUGAACGUGGUGUCCAGUGAGACGACGCUGGACAGCGUGGAGAGGAAGAAGCUGCAUGUUCAUAUCGCGGAGCUCCGCAAGGAGGCCCAGCGCCUGCACAGACUGAUCGAUCUGACACGGCCCACCCAGCUGCCCUCUCUGCAGAGUGGAACCUCAUCUAACCCAGACAAGCCGAAGAAACCAGCGUUGCCCAUGUUUGGUGCCAUGAAGGGAGGCAGCAAGUUCAAACUGAAGACUGGAACCAUAGGGACACUGCCCCCAAAGCGAGCGUGUCUACCCCCUGAACUCUUCAACAUGAAAGAGAUGCCUGAAGGGGGUGAGGAGGAGGAGGACGAAGAAGAGGAGGGGGACGAGGAGGAAGAAAAGGAGCAUGUUGAGGAGGAACCACAGGCCAAUGUAUCUACAUUAAAGGAACAUGCUGAAGCCAAGGACAUGCCUGUGCCUGACGGAGUUGAGAAGGAACAACGGCACCCCCCAGAAGAUGCAGAAAGGCCUCAUUCAGAUAUGGAAAAGCAACCCUUGGAAUCACCAAAACAACAAGUCAAAGAGAAGAGUGCAGAGAAGAGACCUAGGAAGCCUAUGGGCCCGUCCAGGCCCCCCAGUACCCUGUCAGGAAGCUACCCUGAGGAUGAUCCUGACUACUCUGUCUGGGUACCACCGAAAGAUCAGUCAGGGGAUGGCAGAACUCAUCUCAAUGAGAAGUACGGCUACUGAGGAUGUUGGAGGAUUUUCAGAAGCUCCUCUAUCAAACCAGCCAAGCUCUAGUUCAUCCUCCACCUGCUUGUAGCUCUCUGGAAGGCCCUCUUGACACGAAGAGAAAAGCAAAAGAAUUGUGCUCAGUACUGUGUAAAAGCACUUAAUUCAUUUGGUUUCAGGAUGGAAAAGGACAGCUUUGUUGUUUGACCAAAUUUGGAAGAGGCCACUGACUGUCACAUGUGUCUUUUCCGGCCUUGUACUGUACAUUUUCCGACUUCUCGUCCUGUCUGUGCUUAUGAAACUAAGAAUGUUUUUGGCCUGUUUUUGGAACACUGUCACAGGGUAGCCAUGUCUCACUGUAAAUCUCCUUAUCUCCCUCAACCAACAUACAAUUUUAAGAAGUAAUGUAAUCUCUUUUGAUAAAUAAAUAAAUAAAUGAAAGUCAAACAUUGA